CACAGAUAGAGCUGGAGCGAGGCUGGCGCAGAGCCGUGCGACAAUCUGGGAGGUGGUGGCGUCAUUAACAUUAUUACCAUAGGGUCAGCAGUGCAGCCCGGCACCUGAUCCUCCCGCUGCUGGCACCUCAGACUCCCGGCUGCCCCCUGUCCUGCCCUCACCCCCCCAUAGGAGCUCUGUCCUCACUACUACCCUCAUAGGAGCUUUGUCCUCACUACGACCCCCACAGGGGCAGAGGAUCCUUGUCCUUUCCGCCCCCUGUGGCACUGAGGGCACCUGGAGCUGGCACUGUGGAGCACACUGAGGAGGACACCUGGUAUCAUUGGCAUCAGUCCUGGGAGGAAUGGCGUUGGAUUUCCUGGCUGGAUGCGCAGGAGGUGCUGCUGGAGUAUUUGUUGGACACCCGUUUGACACAGUAAAGAUGCGCCCGUUUCGCAGAGCGUGUCCCCGCCAGUAAGUAUCUCCCAGGUUCGGCUGCAGGUUCAGAGUGUGUCCAAACCUCUUUAUCGAGGGACCUAUCAUUGCUUCCAGUCUAUUAUCAGACAGGAAACGGCAUGGGGUCUCUACAAAGGAGUCGGAUCACCAAUGAUGGGGUUGACCUUCAUCAACGCUCUUGUUUUUGGAGUUCAAGGGAACGCCCUGAGAUACCUCGGCUCUGACACUCCAUUAAACCAGUUUCUGGCCGGAGCUGCCGCUGGCUCCAUCCAGUGUGUAAUCUGCUGCCCGAUGGAGCUGGCGAAGACCAGGAUGCAGCUUCAAGGAACCGGUGAAUACAAAUCCAAAUCCAAGAACUACAAGAAUUCCUUGGACUGUCUGGUGAAGAUUCACCGCAAAGAAGGACUGAGGGGCAUCAACAGAGGCAUGGUUACCACAUUCUUCAGAGAGACCCCAAGCUUUGGCUUUUACUUCUUGACCUACGACUAUCUCUCCAGGUAUCUCCACUGUGAGAUCAAUGACAGUUAUAUCAUCCCCAAGCUGCUGUUCGCUGGGGGGAUGUCGGGUAUCGUGUCUUGGCUAUCGACAUACCCCAUUGAUGUUAUCAAGUCUCGACUUCAAGCCGAUGGCAUCGGUGGGGUCAACAACUACAACGGCAUUGUAGACUGCAUCAGAAAGAGCUACCAGGUUGAAGGCUGGAGAGUAUUUACCAGGGGUCUGACGUCCACGCUGCUCAGAGCCUUCCCCGUCAAUGCCGCCACGUUCGCCACCGUUACCCUGUUCCUAAUGUACAUGAGGUCGGAAAACGCCAUCAAGGAAUGUGAUGCCGGCCCGGCAAUACAGCAGCCUAGCAGCAUGUAGAACCUUCUCCCGAGUAGCUGACCGAUCCCCGUGUAGUUUUUUUUUUUUUUAUGAGUUAUAUGAUUUUUAUGUACAUAACGGAUAU